UAGUCAAUGUAUAAACUCUCACAAUUCCUGCACAUCCAACAGCACAUAAACGCAUCCAGAACCAGUUUUGCGUCAUGACGUCAGCGCGCUUGUCUUACGCACUUCCCUGAAGUUCAGCCUGAAUGUUUACAAGUGUCGCUUCCCGCGUAGGGCAGAAAACAGCUGAUUAACGGGAACAUCUUGGUCCAUAUGGUUAUAUUUCUGAUCGCCUGAUGUUCUGAUGAUCUGAGGAUGAUUAAGACGGAGAAGAUCCUCCACCUGAAGAGCAGCCGGGGCCGGAAGGUCCGUGUGGUCCGGGAACACUAUCUGAGAGAGCGGGUCCCCUGCUUCAGCUCCCUGUGUCAGGCGAACUGUGACAACGAGGGCAAAGUUCUGCCGGGAGACCUGACCCACUAUGUGGUCCCUGAUGUGGGCGUGGUGGUGGACUAUCUGGAGAUCCUGGAGUUCAGAGAGCUGCAGGGCAUCGUCUUCACUCAGACCGCCUGCCAGGCCGUGCAGCACAACAAAGGACGCAGGCAAUACAACCGUCUGCGAAACCUGCUCAAAGACCCUCGACACGACUGUGUGCUGUUUGCCAACGAGUUUCAGGAGUAUUCGUACUGUCCCAGAGAGAAAGGGGAGAGCCAGGAGAAGUGGCAGACCAGGUGUGUGUACUCUGCAGCAGUGUGGUACUAUCACCACCUGGCAGGUAUGAUGGACGUGGUGAUGAUCACAGAGGACCAGGACGCCGUGGCUCAAUAUAGCAGCCUCAACUCGGGAGUGUACGUCAUCUCCGUACAGGAUUUUUUGCAGAACUUCUGGCCAGACUUGCAGGCAGCACACGAGCUGUACAGCUCCAUCUCUCAGGCGCUACAGGAGAAGGAGAGUGAGGGCACGGAGAAAGAGUACAUCGAGCACCUGCCUGCUGAGGUGCUGGAGGCUGGAAUCAAGUCUGGGCGCUACAUUCAGGGUACUCUGAAUGUCAGCAAGCACCGGGCUCACAGUGAGGCUUCGAUUAUGACGGAGGGUUUGUCCAGCAAGAACACAGAUCUGAGCUGGGGCGUGUUGGUGUGCGGCAUGAAGAACCGUAACAGAGCCGUGCACGGCGACGUGGUCGUGGUGGAGCUGCUGCUGAAGAGCGAGUGGAGGGGGAAGGACACGGCGCUGACGGAGGGUCAGAGCGAGGAGAAGAGCGGAGAGGAAACCGACAGUAAACCCAUGCCCACAGGUCGUGUUGUGGGGAUCCUGCAGAGGAACUGGAGGGACUACGUGGUAACUUUUCCCCCCAGGGAGGGGCCUCAGCCUCAGAGCAGGAACUCCCAGCGCAUCCUGGCUGUUCCCUGGGACCACCGCAUCCCCAAGAUCCGCAUCAGCACCCAGCAGGCCGACGCUCUGCAGGACCACAGGGUGGUGGUGCGCAUAGAUUCGUGGGAGAGCACGUCUCUCUAUCCUAACGGCCACAGUGUGCGGGUGCUGGGUCGGGCCGGAGAGCUGGAGACGGAGGUCCAGACCAUCCUCAUAGAGAACUGCAUCCAUGUGCCUCCAUUCUCAGACGCACAGCUCAGAGAGAUGCCGGUCAACUCACCCGAGAAGCCGUGGCGGAUGGAUCCUGGUGAGGUGGCGCAGCGGCGGGACCUCCGGGAGAGUCACCUGGUGUUCAGCAUCGACCCGCGGGGCUGCGAGGACGUCGACGACACGCUGUCGGUGUGCAGCAUCGCCGGCGGGAAGCUGCUGGAGCUCGGGGUCCACAUCGCAGACGUCACACACUUUGUCACCGAGGGCUCGCUCACUGACCUGGAAGCACGUUCACGAGCCACGACGUACUACCUGGCGGACCGCAGGCACGACAUGCUGCCCGCUGUUCUCAGUGCAGACCUCUGCUCUCUGCUGGGAGGAGUCGACAGGUACGCGAUGAGCGUGAUGUGGGAGCUGGAUGCACAGACCCUGGAGGUCAACAAGGUGUGGUACGGACGCACGCUCAUCUGCUCCUCCUACCAGCUGCACUACGAGCUGGCCCAGGCGCUGCUCAACGGAGAGCAGGCCCACGUACCGGAACUGGCUGAGCUUGGGCCUGAAGAGAAGGACGCUAAACUGGCUCAGCUCAGCCAGGCUCUGGAGCUGCUCACACAUGUAGCCAGACACCUCCGCGCACAGAGGGACAGAGGAGGAGCGCUGGAGCUAGAAGGAGUAGAGGUGCGAGCCCAGCUGGACGAGGAGAGGAACAUCACAGCUCUGGUCCCCCGUCAGCCCCUGGAGGUCCACGAGACCGUGGCCGAGUGCAUGAUUUACGCCAACCACUGGGUGGCGCGCAAGAUCCAGGAGAGCUUCCCCCAUCAGGCCCUGCUGAGGCGUCACCCGCCACCACGGCAGGAGUUCUUCAACCAGCUGGUGGACAUCGCCGCAGCCCAGGGAUUCACCAUCGACACCAGGACCAACAAGGCUUUAGCGGACUCUCUGGACCAGGCUGUGGACCCACAGGACCCGCUGGUGAACAGGCUGCUGAGGAUGAUGGCCACUACAGCCAUGUCCCAGGCUCUGUACUUCUCCACUGGUCUGCAGUCCCAGGACCAGUACUACCAUUACGGUCUGGCUCUGGACCGGUACACACACUUUACCUCACCCAUCCGUCGCUAUGCCGACAUCGUGGUGCACCGCCUCCUCACGGCGGCCCUCGCCAUGGACGGCGGGGCGGACGCUGGUAAAGCAUUAGCCAGUAACAAAGACCUGGAGGAGCUGGCUCAUCAUAUCAACAACAAGAACCGGGCGGCCCAGCGGGCUCAGAAGUCGUCCACUGAGUUGUUUCAGUGUCUCUACUUCAAAGAAAGAGACCCUCAGUCUGACCAGCGCUGCGUGGCCGACGCCGUCAUCUACUCCAUCAGAGACAACGGCGUGCUGGUGUUCAUCCCCGAGUACGGUGUUAAAGGGCCGGUGUACCUGAAGAACCGGGAGGGUCAGGUGGUUUCUUUAGGACAGGACGGCAGCUGUGAGUGGGAGAGCGGCUCCGUGAGACGAUACUCGGACCACAUCACCAGCAGCUCCACCUCCGGCUCCUCCACCUUCACGCUGUUCGACCACAUCACUGUUCGUAUCUCGGUGCGCUCGACACAUUGCCACGCAGACGCUCUGAACCUGGAGGUGAUCAGCAACAAGCCGCACCGCAGCGCAGAGCCACCGCAGCCCCGCUCGCAGGGCCGCAGCCAGCUGGUGCAGGAGGUGGUGCGCCUGGCGGAGGAGGCGUCCCAGCAGGCCCAGGAGAAGGCAGCCCGGCGCCCCAAACUCUCCAGAGAGGAGAGAGAGUUCAGCCAGAGCAAAACGCCCAACCUGUACUCCCUGCUGGAGGAGGUGAGGGAGCUGGCUCUGCUGGACCUGGAGUCGACCGCUCGGGUCUGUGCAACCACAGCGUAGAGCUGCUGCAACACAGACGCAGCCGGACUCACAACAGCCUGCCAGGUUUUAAAUAUUCUGAACGACUACUGAUAUUUCUUAAACAAAUAAUCUACAUCACAACAGACACAAGCAGAGGAGGCCUCCUCUUUCACAGAUAAACAGUGUUACUUUUGACACAGACAGCAUAUUUGUAGUUAUUUAUUAUCUGCAUACUUUUUAUCAUUUGAGAGCCAAGUGUUUGAUUAUGUGAAGUGUAAAUUAGUUUUUUUGAUAUUAAAUAAAAAGAGAAAUGUCCUGA